CGCAGACUCAGUGCCCUUCAUUGCUCGGGAUAUCCAGGGGCGAUUGCAUCUACCCUUCGUCAUUUCCUAUCGCUUCGAUUGAGCCGGGAAUAAGGUCAACAUGGGUCACCUUGUGACUCUGGCAACAUGCUCCCUCAACCAAUGGGCUCUGGACUUUGAGGGGAACACGGAACGAAUCAUCGAGAGUAUUCGCAAGGCCAAGGCUGCAGGUGCUACUCUGCGAGUCGGUCCCGAACUUGAAAUCACCGGAUAUGGCGUGCUGGAUGGAUUUCACGAGGGCGAUACCUUCCUUCACUCGUGGGAGAUGCUUGCCCGCAUCAUUGAUCACCCCGACUGUCAGGAUAUUGUGGUUGAUGUAGGUAUGCCCGUACGCCACAGGAACGUAUCGUAUAAUUGCCGUGUCAUCUUCUACAACCGCAAGAUCAGCUUGAUCCGCCCAAAGAUGUGGCUCGCCAACGACGGUAACUACAGAGAGCUCCGGCACUUCACGCCCUGGCAACGACCUCAAGAGAUCGAGGAUUACUACCUUGAGCAGAUCGUGGGAAAGAUCACUGGACAGUACAAGGUCCCUUUCGGUGAUGCAGUCAUCAGCACUCGGGAUACUUGUUUCGGUGUCGAGACGUGCGAGGAAUUAUUCACUCCUAACGGUCCUCAUAUUCCCUAUGGCCUUGCUGGCGUGGAAAUCAUCUCCAACUCGUCAGGAAGUCACCACGAGCUUAGAAAGCUUGACACUCGGAUUAACCUCAUCACCCAAGCUACAAAAUUGAGCGGUGGCAUUUACCUGUACGCAAACCAGCAAGGCUGCGAUGGCGAUAGACUUUACUACGAUGGCUGUGCGAUGAUUGUGGUCAACGGAAACAUUGUUGCCCAGGGUUCCCAGUUCUCACUGAACGAUGUGGAAGUCGUCACGGCUACCGUUGACAUUGAAGAAGUGAGGACCUACCGUUCCAGUUCUAGUCGCAACAUGCAGGCCAGCAAGCAGUCUCCUUAUGUUCGCCUUGACUUGGACACCAGGCUUUCUCGCCGAGAUGAUGAGGCCGAGCCCAGCCUUGCUCCCUCUGAAACCCUUGCCGCGCGCUAUCAUGCCCCCGAGGAGGAAGUUGCUCUUGGGCCGGCUUGUUGGCUGUGGGACUACCUGCGGAGAAGCGGUGCGGCUGGCUUUUUCCUCCCCCUGAGUGGAGGUAUUGAUAGUUGUGCUACUGCUACUAUUGUGCAUUCCAUGUGUCGAGAAGUCAUUAAAGCCGUGUCAGAGGGGAAUGAGCAGGUCAUCAAAGAUGUCCGAAGACUCUGUGCCGAGCCGGCCGAUUCGACAUGGCUUCCCACUACCAGCCAAGAAGUUUGCAACCGCAUAUUCCACACCAGCUUUAUGGGUACGCAAAACUCCAGUAAAGAAACACGGGACCGAGCGAAAGGUCUUGCUGCAGAUAUCGGAUCCUACCAUGUCGACUUCAAUUUCGACACAGUCGUGACUUCUCUGACAAACCUCUUCACCGUUGUCACAACAUUCCAGCCUAAAUUCAAGGUCCACGGUGGUAGUCGGGCAGAGAAUCAAGCUUUGCAAAACGUCCAGGCGCGUUUGAGAAUGGUCCUCUCAUAUCUGUUUGCUUCUUUACUGCCAACCGUCCGUCAACGCCCGGGUGGAGGUGGACUCCUUGUGCUGGCGUCGUCUAAUGUCGAUGAAUUUCUGCGAGGCUACCUGACAAAAUAUGACGCCAGCAGUGCCGAUCUGAACCCCAUCGGCUCCAUCUCCAAAGUUGACCUCAAGAAAUUCAUCGCCUGGUCCCGCGACUCCUUCGAACUGCCCAUCCUCCACGAAUUCCUGUCCGCCACCCCAACCGCCGAACUGGAGCCCAUCACGGCGACCUACGUGCAAUCCGACGAAGCAGACAUGGGCGUCACCUACGCCGAGCUCUCCAUCUUCGGGCGGCUGCGCAAGAUCCAGAAACUGGGCCCUUGGUCGAUGUACGAGCGGCUCCUCCACCUCUGGGGCAACGAGUACAGUCCUCGCGAGAUCUACGAGAAGACACGCCACUUCUUCUACAACUAUGCGAUCAAUCGACACAAGCAGACCGUGAUCACGCCGAGUUACCACGCGGAACAAUACUCGCCUGACGACAACCGACACGAUCUCCGCCAGUUCCUCUACCCUUCGUUCUCCUGGGCCUACAAGAAGAUGGAAGAUAGCGUUAAGUAUUGGGAAUCGAAAGGAUGGACUACCGGAAAAGCUCAGAAGAAGAGCGUGAAGGCCGACUAGACAUUUCGUUUUUGUCCGGGGUAGUCACAUAGACUUGCUACUGUAUGACGGCGGUCCGAGUAUCAAUGCUAUCAUCUUGAG